AUGCAGUCAAUAUAUAACGAAUUAAGCAUUGAAAUAUUCAAAUGUAUACCAAAUCCCAUCAACCUUUUAGUUUCAAGUCGUAAAUGGUAUAAUAUUUCUCAAGACCCUCAUGCCAGAGCCGAAUGGUUAAUUUAUAAAUAUGGUAGAGCACAUGCAUUAUUUCACGCUGUGAGGCUCGGCAAUAGCUUCAUAACGGUAGAAGUUAUACAAGCUUUGCUUUCAAAAAAUGUUAUCCUUUCAAGAUAUUUUGUUCAACGGAUGCUCAUGCAUUUCGGUAAAUAUGAUGAGAAUCUUAUUGAUCGACUUGGUGAACUCCAAAAAAAAUUAACUUCGCCUUGGGGAAGUAAUAUUUCUUUAGUAAUUUUCACCAAAUUAAUUACUGAAGGAUAUAACAUCUUGAAUGAUCCUGAACUUGCAGUUAAAGGGAAUGAUAUGGAGUUAUUUCACUUUUUAUCAGCUGGUCCCCUUGUUAUCAAUCACGCGCCUGACAAGCUUCGUCAAAAUCUUAAUCUCAUUAAAGAUUUAAUUUUGAAAAAAAAAUUUGUCCCAUUUCCACCACGCCCAAAACCUACAUAUGAAGAUACAGUAGAAUACAUUCAAUUGAUACAAGCCAGAGCUCAUGAAGAAUAUCCACCAAAAGAUGGUUAUGAGAACAGUCGUCAACUUAAUGUAGUGGCUAGAGCAAUAUUAAUCCAUCCUGAUUUAGUAAUCUUGUGGAAAGAAAUUGGUUAUCGUGAGAUUUGUAGCGAUGUCAAUGAACUUGUAAUGCAAGGCGCCUUAUUGAUUCUUUUCCCUCCUACUCCGCCAAAUAAUUGGGAAUGUCCUGACGUGCGUACUAUUGUUGAUCGUUUAAAACAUCUUACUGAACUAGGAUUUCAAUUAACCGAUAAUGUUAUAGAAGAGAUAUUUCACUAUUUUGAGCAUAAAUUAAGCGAGAUUGGUGACCUUUUAAUGAAUUCUUUUCAAGUAAUUCGUAAAGAGUCAAAAUCGGAUAUUGUAAGUUCCUGUCUUAUUCAAGCAAUUAAACCAGAAAGAAAAUUUAAAAAAACUGAUUUAUUAGAAUUUUUAAUUAAAAGAGUUGAUAAUCCUAAAGAAGCUUUAAAAAAUGCAUUAGAUCAUCAUAAAGUUGGAUUCAAGUUCAAUGCAAAAUUUAUUAAAACAACAAAGGAAAUUAGAUCGUUAUCUGUUAACUCCAAUCUUUAUUAUUGGAUUCUGAAAAAUUAUGGUCCGAAUUCUGAAGUAACUCAGAAAUGUUUUGAUGACAUUAUUGAGUCCAGAAUUUGGGUAGAUUUAAAAUUACAAGAAACUCCAGAUAGAGAAGUUCCGGAGGGACUGACUAUCGGCGCCUUUAAUUCUAUUUGCUCAAUUUAUUUAGAAUUUUGUGAAGAGAAGGUUCCAUUCAAAGCGAAUAUUUUGCAAUAUUUACAAUUGAUUAAUAAUUAUGAAAUAAUAAAUCCAUUUUUUACCUAUUGUAUUUGGUAUACAAUUAAUAGAGGAAUUACCUUUGACGAUUAG